AUGGCGAUGAUAAGCUUACUUGAAGCCUUCAUAGCAUUACUUUUCUUCCUUGUAUUCCCAUGUUACUUCCUCCACAAGAAAUCUCACGGCGGUCCUAUUCUCAAGAGCUGGCCAUUCCUCAGGAUGCUUCCAGGGAUGCUCGUCCAAAUCCCUCGUAUCUUCGACUGGACCGUCGACGUUCUUGAGGCCACAAAUCUAACGUUUUCUUUCAAAGGGCCAUGGUUUAGUGGAACAGACUUGUUGUUCACGGCUGAUCCAAAGAACAUCCAUCAUAUUCUAAGCACAAACUUUGGGAAUUACCCAAAGGGUCCUGAAUUCAAGAAGAUCUUUGAUGUUUUGGGAGAUGGAAUCUUAGCCGCUGAUCUGGAGUUGUGGGAGGAUCUGAGGAAGUCAAGCCACGCCUUAUUUCACCACCAAGAUAUCGAGAAGCUCUCAGUGAGUAGCAAUACAAGUAAGUUAAAGGAAGGUCUUGUUCAUUUUCUUGAUAAUGCUUCUGAGAAGAACAUUAUCAUAGACUUACAAGAUGUGUUGCAGAGAUUCAUGUUUGAUACUUCUUCCAUUUUGAUGACUGGUUAUGAUCCAAUGUCUCUAUCCGUCGAAAUGCCAGAAGUGGAAUUCGGUGAAGCUGCGGAUCUCGGUGAAGAAGCGAUCUUCUACAGACAUUUCAAACCAGUGAUCUUGUGGAAGUUUCAAAACUGGAUUGGUGUUGGUCUUGAGAAGAAGAUGAGAACUUCUUUAGUCACUGUCAAUCAAAUGCUUGCGAAGAUCAUAUCUUCAAGAAGAGAGGAGAUACGCCAACGGAAAAGAGAUGCAUCAAUGGACGCGUUAACGUAUUAUAUGAAUGUGGACACGACCAAAUAUAAGCUCUUGCAACCAAGUAAUGAUAAGUUUAUAAGAGACGUUGUUCUAAGUUUAUUGUUAGCAGGACGGGACACCACAAGCUCAGCUCUCACUUGGUUCUUCUGGCUUCUCUCUAAGCAUCCUCAAGUUAUGACCAAGAUCCGUCAUGAGAUCAACACAAAGUUUGAUCCUACAGAUCUAGAGAAUAACUCGUAUGUUCUUCCAAGCGGUCACAAAGUUGAAGCAGAUGCAAAGAUCUUAAUCUCUAUUUACGCAUUGGGGAGGAUGAGAUCGGUAUGGGGAGAAGACGCAUCGGAUUUCAAACCAGAGAGAUGGAUUUUAGAUAAUGGAAGUCUAAGACAUGAACCUUCAUACAAGUUCAUGGCUUUCAAUGCCGGUCCAAGAGCUUGCUUAGGUAAACAUUUGGCUAUGUUGCAGAUGAAGAUAAUAGCUGUGGAGGUCAUACAAAAAUAUGAUUUUAAGGUCGUCGAAGGUCACAAGAUCGAACCAGUACCUUCUGUUAUUCUCCGUAUGAAGCAUGGUCUUAAAGUCACAGUCGGUAAGAACAUAUGA